AGCGGCGGGAGGCGUGGCGCUUGGCCUUGGGGGCUGUGUGGGCACAGCUCCCUCCCCUCAGCAGGCCUUUGGCGGUCACCGGUGGGGGUUAGGCUUAGCCGCGUCCCACAAACUCCGCUGCCCCCGCCCAGGACACCCCUCCGGCGCCGCUUGGGCUCGCCUACUUCUUCGCCUCGGCCAACAUGAGCGACCAUGAUAUUUCAGAAGAAAUGGUUAUUAUCAAGAAUGAGAAGCUAGAGGAAGGCAGCAGUAAUGAUGGAGGAAAUUGUGAGGGCCAGGAGUCCCAACAUUCCCCCCUGGCGCUGCUGGCAGCCACAUGCAGCAGGAUUGAAUCUCCCAGUGAGAACACUGAUGGUUCACAGGGACAACAGGGAAGCUCAAGCGAACUGGACCUUACCAGUCAAAUGUCUCAAAAUGGAAAUGACUGGCAAAUAAUUUCCACUCCCUCUGGGGCUUCCAACUCCCCCAAGGACCAGGGGGGCAACAGCAAUGAGGAGAAUGAUUCAUCAUCCAAAAACCAAGCUGCUUCCUCUGGGCAGUAUGUGGUUACCACCACCUCCAAUAUGCAGAACCAGCAAGUGCUGGCAGGCUUGUCAGGAAUGAUACCCAACAUUCAGUAUCAGGUGAUCCCUCAGUUUCAAACUGUAGAUGGACAACAGUUGCAGUUUGCCACCACUCCCACCCAGGUCAGUGUCCAGCAAGAUGCCUCUGGCCAGCUGCAAAUCAUCCCUGGAACAAACCAGCAGCUCAUUACAAACAGGUCUGGGGCAGGCAAUAUCUUGGCAGCUAUGCCGAAUCUUUUGCAGCAGGCUGUUCCUAUUCAGGGAGUAAAUACCCUCUCAGGACAGACUCAGUACGUCACUAAUGUCCCACUGGCUUUGAAUGGCAACAUCACCUUGUUGCCCGUUAACAGCAUUGCAGCCAGUUUGGCACCCACUUCCCAGUCGGUGACUUUAAGCAGCUCUGGUUCUCAAGAGAGCAGUACUCAACCAGCAGCAUCUUGUGCUUCAGUCAGUUCCUCGGGUGUGACUGUAUCCCAAGCCAACUCUGUUGGUUUUUUUACCAAUGCCAACAACUACAAUGCCACUACCACAUCGAGUAAUUUGGGCAUCAUGAAUUUUUCCACAAGUGGCACUAUGCAGAGGACAGGCAGUGCUCAAAAUACUGAUGCUCUGCAGGUGCCUGGAGCUGCAGUCCAGCAAAGCCAACAGAAGGAAGGUGAUCAAAGCCAGCAGCAACAGCAGAUCCUACUGCAGCCUCAGCUUGUUCAAGCAGGCCAAGCUGGCCAGACAUUUACUACUCAGGAUGCUUUGCAGAACCUUCAGAUCCAGGCUCUCCCCAAUACUGGUCCGAUUUUUAUUCGAACACCCACUGUGGGGCCAAAUGGGCAAGUGAGCUGGCAGACUAUUCAGCUGCAAAAUCUUCAGGUUCAGAAUCCACAAGCUCAGACAAUCGCCUUGGCACCAGUACAGUCCCUGGGGCAGACUGGGACCACCAACACAACCCUCACACCAAUAGCUUCUGCAUCUCUUCCCAGUGGCACUGUUACUGUAAAUGCCGCUCAGCUGUCCUCUGUACCAGGCCUUCAGACCAUUAAUCUUGGGGCCCUGGGAUCCGGAAUCCAAGUUCAUCAGUUUCAAGGGCUCCCACUUGCUAUAGCAAAUGCUACAGGUGAUCAUAACACCCAACUCAGUCUUCAUGGUACUGGUGGUGAUGGUCUGGGAGAAGAUACAACAACCCUGGAAGAAGGCGACACCAGUCCAGAUGCCCAGCCGCAGCAAGGCCGAAGAACACGCAGAGAAGCAUGCACUUGUCCUUACUGCAAAGACAGCGAAGGAAGUUCCUUUGCUAUUUGUAGGAACUCCGGAGAUCCAGGCAAAAAGAAGCAGCAUAUCUGCCACAUCCCAGGCUGUGGGAAAGUGUAUGGAAAAACAUCUCACUUGAGAGCCCAUCUUCGGUGGCAUACUGGGGAACGGCCAUUUGUGUGUUCUUGGAUGUAUUGUGGCAAGCGUUUCACACGCAGCGAUGAAUUGCAGCGACACAAAAGGACACAUACAGGGGAGAAGAAAUUUGCCUGCCCAGAGUGUCCCAAGCGCUUUAUGAGGAGUGAUCACCUUUCCAAGCAUAUCAAGACUCACCAAAACAAGAAGGGAGCUGCACCCAACAGUGUGACUGUAGAUGUCUCCACUGUCUCCAUGGACACAGGGGCGUCAGGAGAAGGCAAUGGAGCAGCAACGCAGUCAGCCCUCAUUGCGACCAACAUGGUAGCCAUGGAGUCUAUCUGCCCUGAAGGGAUUGCCCGCCUCGCCAGUGGUGGUAUCAGUGUCAUGCAAGUAGCAGAUCUCCAGUCAAUCAACAUCAGUGGCAAUGGAUACUGAGGCACUGUAGACUGUGCAGCAUUGUGCAAAUUUGGGAUUGUUGGGGUAGCCAUGGGUCCAAGAGGUGAGGUCUCUCAUUACAAAAGUGGUGAAAGAUGGGUACUCAGCUGCAGUACCCAGCCUUUGAAAACCCAUUUCUGACUCCCAGGAAUACAGAAUUAGGCCUGUUUGUGUUUCAGGUCAGCCCUAAUGCAAAUGUCCUGGGGAAAUGGGGACAGCCAGAGUUGCUUGGUUCCUUUUUUUUCUUUUGUUCCUUCACCCGUAUAACAGUCUUUACACCCUCUUGUUUGGUAUUCCAGAUGCCAUCAUGCCUUGUUUCUAAAUGUAUAUGAUCAGUGAAAUACUUUUUAGGAGAAAAAAAUCUAUAUUAUUAUUAUUAUUGUAAUUAUAUUAUAUAAAGUAUAAAAUAUGUUCAUUUUGAUGAAAGAGGUUAAAAUUGCUGUGACCAAAGUUUUGGUCGUCGUUUUGAUGCCUUAACUUAGAAUUUCUUGAGCUGUUAGGCUAUGCUUGGGCUUAUGUUCAGAUGCUAUAUUGCAUUUUACACUGUAACUAUAAAAACAUAAAUUUGGCUUUUUGUAUGCUUGGCUUUUAGGUUUAUCUGUCUCCACCCUCUAUCCUCGGUGAUUUCAGAGAAAUCCCAUUUCCAUCUCGAAAAGGCUUCUCUUCAUUAUUUUCUCCAUUAAUUGCUGCUUUUCCUAGUUUGGGACAUACAUUUGUUUCCCAUUAGCCAUUUUUGCCAGAAUAAUAAGUGUCCAUGAUACAUAGCAUUUUCUAAUUUUAUAGGAGGGAAGGGACAGCAAGGGAAGUGAGUAAUUUGACAUUGUUAGUUUUUGACAGAAAUUUCUAGGUCUUCAGAUGCUAUGAGUUUGUCACCAGAAAGAAAGAAUGUUCCCUUUUCCAGGUUCUAAUAUAAAGUAUGAUAUAACCUGCAGUGGAACAGAAAACUUAAGUGACUUGGUAUAUGUGCAGUUGAUGAUCUUCCAAAUAUGUUGUAUAUGUGAGGAUUAAGGCAUGGACUUUAGAAUAUGUCUUGGAAGUCCAACUAUCGAAGCUUCUACUUUGGGGAAAACGGGAUCUAGAGCUUUGGCUCCUAUUGUGUGUGUAAUAGGAAAAUACUGUGGCUGUAUAAGACCUGGGGUGGGGUUAGCUCCUGCUGAUGCCUUGCAUUAAAACACUCUACCACUUCUCCAAUUAUAUUCAACUUGGUUUUGCUCAGUAUUCAGUUAAAUUGCUGAGCCAAAUAACCCUGACUUGGGCUUAGCAGGCCUCCUUUCCCUUGUAGAUGAAUUACUAAGGUGCUCUUAGAUUGCAAUUAAUUUUCAGCACCGUCAUCCUUUCCAGCUAUCACAUUUCCUUCAUGAUAGUGUAGCCAUGUGGUCACACUUGCAUAAAGAAAUGGAUGAAGUGAGUGAGAGAUGCUGGUGGUCCUCGCAGACAGCAGACAAAUGUGUGAAGGCCAUAAUAAUGGGAAAGGAAGGGAUGGAGAGUAAGAGUGCUGCUUGGAGUGACUUGAACAAGGCCUUGGUUUAGCGCUUCCACUUUUAGUUUACUUUCAAAAGCUCCUCAUGCUAGCUACAGAGAACAUAGACAGGCUUGCAGAGCCUUUUUGCAAAACAAAGAAAUUAUUUCCUUUUACUUCUGAUUUAAUCCCUUACACACACACCCUCCACUGCCGCCUCCAAGAGGAAGGGAAACAUGUGGCUAAAUUGUCCCUGGCAUAUUUUAAAUGGCAUGAGGGGCCUUCUAUUUUUUUUUUUUAAAAAAGGAAUUCAGGAAAGCAUGCAUGGAGGUGGGACUCCCAGACUGCUGGGAAUUGCUCAUGCUUGUCUUAGAACAGUGGUGUCAAACAUAUGGCCCUCCAGGUGCUUUGAACUUCAGCUCCCAGAAUUCUUGGCCAUAGGACAAGCUGGCUAGGCAUUCUGGGAGUUGGGGGGCCUAAACAUCUGGAGGGCCACAAGUUUGACCCCCCCCCCAACAGUGUUUGUUGGCUUGUCUAAAUUCAGUGUAACCCUACUGAAAUGAAAGUUGGUGCUUGUACCAACCAGUUUCCAGUGUGGUUGCUUGUCUGGUUGUUCAAUCACUUUGCACAGCUGUUUGCACAAUGCAAUCUGUGGGAUAUUACCUUGCAUCAGAAUCAAAAUGCUCAAAUGCUAGCAUAGUGGUAUAAAAAGGAGUAUGAUCUUCUUAAACAGAUCUCUUGACAGUCUCCCUCAAAGCACAGUAUCUGCUGUGUGUGGAUCAGUACUGGUGGUACUGUAUUAUUUCUGUUUUCUGCCACCUCUUGUUGAAUUGUUAGUUAAAGCAAGACAGCUAACCCAGAUGAAGCAAAAUGCCUUCCCUUAAAUAUUGAAAGAAAACAGCAAAAACUGUUUGGUAGCACUGACCUCACAGUAUUCAUUGUGCAUUUAGAAAACAAAGCAGAUAUUUGCCUCCAUUGGAGGACACCCUUCUUAAGGAUGAAUAGUGUAUGGCUUGGUUGGGUAGCCUGGUUUUCUCACUAUCACUGCCUUGUCCUUAAAUUCUGCUAUUACUACCUCUCGACACAGACUGAGAUUCAAAUUCUACUGCAGGGUAUCCAACCUUGCCUUCCACAGAGCCAUUCCAUCUGGGCAAUAGAUACUGUAGUUAGUUGCUAGUUCUCUCCCUUUUCUUCAUCUGCCAUGAUGAAGACCUUUUUCUUCAUCUGCCAUGUGGCUAUACAUCACAUUCCUUCUACCAUUCACUCAGAAUAUAUAAAAAAGGAAUUACAACAUCCUUUCCUGACUACUUCUAAAUGCAUUGAGUCAUUGCUCUGGAAGGACAGUUCCUUUGGUGAUGGACCAGAUUCCUUGAGUACGUUUGACUCAAGAUUGGCAAAAUUAAUAUGCACACAAAAGACAAUGCAGUUUAAUAUUUUGGAAUGUAUUAUUCCUGGACUCUAGCAGAACUGUGUCCCGACUGUCCACCUCAAGAAAUUUAAAAGUCUUCUUACAUGAAAAAUAUGCAUUUUUAUGUAGAAGAAAGUUUAGAUUUGAAGGAACUACUAUACAUUUCUUGAACCAGAAAUGAAAAAAACUAGUUGCCUAAUAGCUCCCCUCCCAUGCUGCCCCUCACAGCUCUCCUUUUCCAGCAUCUCUUUUUACUUCUUCUGGUGUCUUUCACAGGACCGCCCUUCUCCUUCAUGGAAACGUCUCUGUCAUUGGGCUUUGAUACCAACUGUGGUGAUUUCAAAGGCAGAAGCAGAACAAGUUUUUCAGCAGAUAGGAGGAAAUAAGCUCUUCCACUACAUUUCCUCAGAAUUUCACUAGAAUUAAAUGUUAGCAUUCACUUUUGCUAGUCGGCUCCUGGUGGCUUGCAUUGUGCAGAAUUUUCAUAAUCUUUUCAGAUGUAAGGAAAUUUGGUCUGCCGUAUUUACUGAAAUGGGUCAAUCAGUGUUUGUGAUAGAAAACUGGUGCUCUACUUCUUCCUGUCUUCCAAAGAAAAAUCUUCCAUGAAAUGAAAUGUCAUAUAAAAAGAAAGCAAAGUGUGAUACGAUUUGAGGUGUAGUGAGUUCUGCAGUGGGAGUGAAUGACCUGGUUUGUUUGGUUUUGAUUUCGUUGAGACAAAAGUGUGAAGAUGAGCUCUGCUCAAUUGCUUCAAAAGGAAUAUGAAGGUGGAGUGAAACUUAGCGCCCCUCCCCUCUGCUGUUCAGCAUGCUCUUGGUUUGAUCAUAUUGUUUUGCCAUGCAGGUUUUGGGUGGGGAAAUAACCAAGAAAAGGAAUGUGCCGUGUGCUUGUGAAGUUUUAGGGCUCUUAUAAAUUGAAGGCUUGAUACCAACAUAAAAAAGGAGGCAUUUGUAUCCUGAUGUCCUCUAGUUUGUCCUGUUACUGGUGAAAAAUUCUGAUUAGAUCAGAGUAAAGAAACAUGCCUAGCCUUUCAGAUCUUACUGUACUAUGUCUUCCAUUAUUCCUCACCAUUGGCUGCUCAUCCACAUCUAGAAAGUUACAGUUGCCCAUCUCAGAGCAACACGUUCCUUUCCACAUAUUCAACAAAUUCCUGAAUUAGAAAUGAACUGGUAUCAAAAACUUUUAAUGAGCGUGACAUAUUCUGUGAAAUUUAGCAAUAAAUAUCCAGUGAAUUUUAAAAGAUUGGGAACUGUGCCUGUAAAACCUGACCCCGCUUUCAAAGAAAACUAAAUGCGAGUAUUGCUUUAUACACGUUUUAAUGACUUUCAUUAAUAGAAAGAUUGUUGAUAUUUGUAAUGGCAAGGUUUGUUCAAUUGUUCUGCCACAUUGUUGUGGGAAAAGUGGAAAUUGUUCCUUGAAAAUUUCUUGGUGUUUUUGCUGGAUCAGAUCUGAGAAAAUGUGAUACAAAUUCUACUGUUGUCUAGUCCACUCCUAACUACAGUAGACCACUGAAUCAGUAAGACUUAUUUUUUGUUAACUCAUCAUAUAGCAAUUGAUUAAAGAGGCCUACUCUAAUUAAACUAACCAACACUUUUCUCAAUAAAAGUUCUGUUGGUACCAAACAUACCAAGGAAUGGUUUAGCCAAGGAAGUGAUAGUUUGAACCAAGAUUCCUUCAGAGGCAAGACUUUCUGCACAGUAAAACUUUGUGGUUAGUCGGGUUAAAGUUAGCUGAUCCAAAAAUGUGGAUUUCAAAAGCACAAGUCGCUGCAUUUAUUUUGAGCAUUACAUCUUCAUUUACAGUUAUGCGUAUCAGGAUUCCGCCAAAGAAAAGGUAGCAGUGUUGAUAUUGAGAUGACUGAGCACAAAUAUUUUUGUAUUGGUGGAGGGAAUAAAGUAAGAUUAAGCUACCUACCACAUGAUAAGCAACAGUGUGAAACUUAUCAGAUCUAUGCUAAUCACUCAUCCUGUUUUGUUUAUGUUUCCCAUGCAUAUUUUCUACGGCUAAGUACACUUGUUAUUCUUUAAAUCUGUACAUUGUUUCUUUUUUUUUUU